AUGUUCGUCUUAGAUUUCUUUCGGACCUAUGGUCGAAAGUUGACUGCUUCAAGCUUGCAAGCAGUCCAAAUUCGAACUUCGAUGAGCAGAUCCGGGGUCGAGAAUUCACAAUGCGCUAUUUUGUUUCCAGGACAAGGUGCUCAGUACAUUGGAAUGGGUAAAGAUCUUUAUUCUAAUUAUCCUUCGGCGCGCAAAGUAUUUGAAGAAGCUGAUGACGUGCUAGGAUUAAACUUGACAAAAUUAGUGUUUGAAGGGCAACAGAAAGAUCUAACUCAAACACAAAAUGCACAACCCGCGAUAUUAACAACGUCCGUAGCCAUUCUUCAGGUCUUAGAGAGUGAAUUCGGCUUUGAUGUCUCGUCUGCGUGCGCAUAUGCACUUGGACACUCUCUAGGAGAAUAUACAGCUUUGGUUGCUACUAAGUCAUUGUCAUUACGUGACGCUAUUAAACUUAGACUUCGCGGUGAAGCCAUGGCAAAUACGGUUUCUCAAUUAGGAACCAAAACAGCCAUGGUGGCUUUGAUUGUUCGUGAAGAUAACUUAAACAAACUUCAAGCUUCAAUAAACGAAAUUAGCUCUACUUUACCAGAGGGUGAAUCGGUAGAGCUUGCGAAUAUCAACAGUUCUUCUCAGGCAGUCAUUAGCGGAACGGGUAAAGCUGUGGAUUAUGCGUCGCGAGUUUUGCAGUCGCAACGUAUCGCAGCACGUGCUUUGGAGCUUCCUGUAUCAGCUCCAUUUCAUUGUAAAUUAAUGCGACCAGCUGCAGAUAUAAUGCAAAAAGCGAUGAGUGAUAUCAAAUUUGAAAAGCCAAUCGUGGAUGUCAUAUCAAACGUUACUGCAAAUCCGAUACAAUCAGUAUCUGAAAUACCUUCUCUGCUAGUUCGACAAGUGACUGCCACUGUUCAAUGGCAUAAGAGUAUAAAUUAUUGUAAGGAAAAUGGAAUUAAUAAUUACAUAUUAUUUGGACCUGCAAGAGUAUUAGCUAAUUUACUCAAAAAAGAUUAUCCCUUGGAUUUCAUAAGGUUGUACUUAAAAGAUAUAAUUGUUAAUUUAACCAAUGAUAUUAACAUAUAUGUUCAUUUAAUAGGCCUUUUACUACCAUUGAAGAUAUUCAAUCCUAUAUAG